CUUCAGUUACAACCCCGCUAUCUUGAUGGUUGAUGAUGAUGAGCUCUUAGGAACCAGCUAAGUCGCUGUCGUCCUCCGAUCCCCAAACCCUCCCUUUCUCUCUCUCUCCCUCACACACACUUCGACUUCCCCCCUCCCACCACCAAGUCUGGAUUUGUACACAGAAACGAGGAAUCUCCGCACGAGGUCGUUUCCUGUGCUCUUAGCCAUCGGGAACUUGAGUACCAAUGACCGGGUAAAGGUCCUCACCACGCCAAGUACGGAGUACGAGUACCAGUAUUUAGAUAUACUCAAGACCUGAACCACAAACAAGCUCUGAAGGGGGAAAACCGAUACCAUAACGAUACCAUUCUCGCACUUUGAUAGUCUAUCGAUACAUCGAGCAGACGUCCAGAGGGGGAAGGCCCGGGAGAAGACAUCAACCAUGGACGAACGCAACAGCAGUAGUACGUUCGAAAAUGAUACCUCUUUUCGCCCGUCACCGUCCGACAAGAAAAAUCCGAUAAAGAGGUCGAUACACCGCGUCCACAAACGGCUCUCACGUGCUCAUUCACGCACACCAUACUUGAGGUCACUCCCGCUACCCGCCAUCCUCAUCAUAGCUCUUUUGGUCCUGGUCAACCUGGUCGUGUGGGCGAUAUGCGGUCUCAUCCUCACCAACCACACGCACCUCCUCUCCACGGCGGCCUUGGCCUACACCCUGGGUCUCCGGCACGCCCUCGACGCCGACCACAUCUCGGCCAUCGACCUGAUGACGCGGCGACUGAUAGCGACGGGCCAACGACCCGUCACGGUGGGGACGUUUUUCUCACUGGGCCACAGCACCAUCGUCGUGGUGACGUCCAUCGUCGUGGCGGCCACCGCGGCGGGCGUCUCCUCCCACUUCGACUCUUUCAGCACCGUGGGAGGCAUCAUCGGCACCUCCGUGUCGGCGGCCUUUCUCAUCCUGUUGGGCCUGAUGAACGCCUACAUCCUGUACAAGCUCGUCGUCCAGGUGCGGAAGGUGAUCCGCCUGCCGCGACCGGGCACCGACGGGGCCACCGCCGAAGAAGCCUGGAAGGUCGAAGGCGGGGGGUGCCUGUUCCGCACGCUCAAGAGGGCCUUCAAACUCAUCGACCGACCUUGGAAGAUGUACCCCCUGGGUGUCUUGUUCGGCUUGGGUUUCGACACGAGCUCCGAGAUCGCCUUGUUGGGUAUCUCGAGCAUCCAAGGCUCUCGGGGCACUAGCCUGUGGCUGAUCUUGAUCUUUCCGGUCUUGUUCACCGCCGGUAUGUGUCUGGUCGACACCAUCGACGGAGCUCUGAUGAUGAGUUUGUACGUCGCUCCCAUGGGUAUGGGAGGUGAUGAUGACAAGAAACUCCUGGGUCAUGAUGACGGAGAAGUCGAUGGUCAAGUUGUCGUCAUGGACAACUCUCGAGAAACCGAUGAUGUCGAGCGACAACAACGGCAACAGGACGCACACCGAAACGACCAGAACAGGGACGACAACACCGACAGAGAUGUGUCGGUACGAGUCAAAGAUCCAUUGACGUUUUUGUAUUAUUCCAUCGUCCUGACCACUUUGACCGUCAUGUGCGCCAUCAUCAUCGGUGUGAUUCAGUUGUUGAGCCUGGUCUUGAACGUGGCCGCACCAAAGGGCAAGUUCUGGGACGGGGUCGAGACCGCCAGCGACAAUUACGAAAUCAUCGGUGGUUCCAUCUGUGCCAGUUUCAUCGUGUUUGGUGGCAUAAGUGUGCUGUGUUACCGACCGUGGAGGAGGUGGGUCGACAAGGAAAGGGAGAGGUUGAGAGAGACGGAAAUAGGACCGGACACGACGCAUCACGGCACGACGAAUGCAACGUCGACCGAGCUUCAAUUCCAAGAGUACACGGACGACGAUGACGAACAAAAUUUCCGGACUGACGACGCCACGACACACGGUCAGGCGGAGGAACUGGUCGAAGUUCGAGGGAAACAGCCGACUCGGAAGCAGCACAUCACCAUCAAGGUGGAACAACACGAUGCGGACGAUGACGAAGACAACAACAACAACAAGACACCUAGAUCUGGACCAAGUGGUGGUGCGGAUGCUGGUGGUUCAUCAUGAUGUUAUGAGGAAAAAGAAAUAGAAAUUAGUACUACGUAAACAUAUGUACCUACCCAGGUAUCGAUACAUGUGCAGUCGAACUUGAGCUUCUGGACAGGACCGACAUAUAUAGGCAUACAACAGGUCAAGGUGCAGUGGUCCUCAAGGUCAUAGGUUAAAAAAAGAAGGAUCAUGUCACCUGGGGCCCUAUACGUCGUGAUGGGCUGAGCCCUCCACGAUUGAGCGUCUUUUUCUCCACGACUGAUACGUAGUACAGAGUGAUAUUAUCCUGC